AUGGUGUCUUCGGGCAGCCUGAGCCAUGUAUUUGCUCAGGAUGAGAAGUUCCCGGAGUCGUCAACACUCGUCGCCUUUAUUGGAGUAGCCAGCAUUGUACUCUUUCUUUUACGGUCACUUUAUCGGUUCGCUUUGCCUAAACCCUUCCCUGGCAUUCCGUACAAUGAAGCAUCUGCUCAUCGACUACUGGGCGAUGUUCCUGACGUAAUUUCACACAUAAAGAAUACCGAUGGAACGUUUAUUACCUACCUUAAGGAGUCGAUGAUUAAGCUUAAUGCGCCCCUGAUUCAAGUCUUCAUUAAACCUCUGAGCACGCCUUUGCUGAUCCUGGCCGACUUUCGCGAAGCACAUGACUUACUCAUCACACGGAAAGAGUUCGACCGAUCACCAUCGUUGAGUGACUUGGUUAAAGGACUUGUACCCGAGCAUCAUAUCCACCUGCCAACCGAAGGAGGAUGGAGGGCCCAGCGACGCUUGGUGCAAGAUUUGAUGGGUCCUUCAUUCCUACACAAUGUCGCCGGACCUGUUAUCUAUCAGCGAGUGGAAUUGAUGAUUGAGCUGUGGUACUCCAAGUGCCGAAUUGCAGAGGGCAGGCCCUUCCAAGCAAAUGAGGAUAUCAACCAUGUAUCGCUAGACGCCGUGUUGGCAUUUACCUAUGGUGAAGACUUUGAACAUGGAAUGACCAAGCCCAACUUCGAAGCAGUCAAGAAUCUGGAUUCCAAGGACAUUGAAAAGUUGAGAAUCUGUACGGACCUGAAUGAACCCAUUGAAUUCCCUGAAGGAAAGUUGGAUGAGGUUAUCCAGGCCACAGUUGACUUGACAGAGACUGUGGGAGAGAUUCAGGGGAAGCCGAUCCCUGCAUUAACCAGAACGCUCGUAAGUCUGAGACCCGGUGUCCGCAGGGCCACCAAGAUAAAGGAGGAAUAUGUCGCGAAGGAAUUGAGAGGUGCUGUCAAAAGGCUGCACGAGGCAGGUAGCGGUGAAGAUGUGGUGAUCAAAUCUGCUGUUGAUCAUCUGGUUAUGAAAGAGAGAUCAUUCGCGGAGAAGGAACAGCGAAAGCCAGAUUAUUUUUCUCGCAUUAUGAUUGAUGAGAUCUUUGGCUUCGUCUUCGCUGGAUACGAAACAACUAGCACAACAGUCUCAUGGGCACUUAAGUUCCUAGCUGAUGAACCAAGCAUACAAACCAAGUUACGAACGGCCAUGUUAGACGCAUACGUAGAUGCAAAAGUGGAGGGUCGCAAUCCAAACAUUCAGGAGAUUACCAGCAAACAUGUACCUUUUCUCAAUGCUACGAUGGAGGAAGUACUUCGUUGCUCUGGUACGGCUCCAGUUGUCGACCGUCAGGCCGUAGUGGACACCGAGAUCUUAGGUCAUAAGAUUCCCAAAGGAACUAUAAUCACCUGCCUAGUGACUGGACCGAGUAUGAUGAGUCCGGGAUUUGAGAUAGAUGGGAAAAUGCGAAGUUCAACUAGCCAGCAGACGAUUAGAGAAGGAAGAGACCGAGCUUGGGAUCCCGAAGACGUGACUCUCUUCAGACCUGACCGUUGGAUGGUGAAUGACGAUUUUGAUCCAACCGCAGGUCCUCAGAUGGCCUUCGGUCUGGGUACGAGAGCAUGCUAUGGAAAGAGACUUGUUUACGUGGAAAUGAGAAUUCUAUUGGUGUUGAUAUUGUGGAACUUUGAGCUCUUGCCAUGUCCGGCAUCGCUGUCAAGCUAUAAGUCAGUUUUGAUUAUGACGAAUGAGCCACGGCAAUGCUAUGUGAGGUUGAAGGAGUUAGAUCAUGUCAUGAAAGACUGA